CUCGCCGCCUUCGCCGCCCUCGCGCGCGUCGACGCGCCCGCGGGGACCCUGUUGCUCUACUGGCCCGGCGCGUGGUCGAUCGCGCUCGCGGCGCCGCCGGCCGCGGCCCCCGACGCGUCGCUCCUCGCGCUCUUCGGCGUCGGCGCCUUCGUCAUGCGCGGCGCGGGGUGCACGAUCAACGACAUCUGGGACCGCGACGUCGACGGCGCCGUCGCGCGGACGCGGCGCCGGCCGCUCGCGAGCGGCGAGCUCGGUGCGCCCGAGGCGGCGGCGUUCCUCGCCGCGCAGCUGUGCCUGGGCCUGGGCGUGCUGUCCCAGCUGAACUGGGCGAGCGUCCAGCUCGGCGCGGCGAGCGUGCCGCUCGUGCUGGCCUACCCGCUCGCGAAGCGCGUCACUAUGAUGCCGCAGGUCGCGCUGGCGCUGACGUUCAACUGGGGCGCGCUGCUCGGCUACUGCGCGGCGACGGGCCACGUCGACUACGCCGUCUGCCUGCCCCUCUACGGCGGCUGCGCGGCCUGGACCCUGCUCUACGACACGCUCUACGCGCACCAGGACAAGCGCGACGACGCGAAGCUCGGGCUCGGGUCGUCCGCGCUCGCGCUCGGCGACGCUUCCACGCCGCCGUUCCUCCGCGCGUGCGGCGCCGCGGCCGUCGGCGGCCUCGCGGCGGCGGGCUGCAACGCGGGGCUCGGCGACGUCGCGGCCGCGUGGCCCUUCUACGCGUCGCUCGCCGUCUUCGCGUCGCACCUCGCGUGGCAGGUCGAGACCGCGGACCUCGGCGACCCGGAGAACCUCGCGGCCCGCUUCAAGUCGAACGCGGCCGUCGCGCCCGUCGUCCUCCUCGGCAUCGCCGCCGCGACG